ACGAGUUGCAAAGAAGUUUUCCUCGCUGCUCCCCCCGCCCCGCCGGCUCUCUCCUUUUGCACAGAGGGCUGAGAGCAACAGAUUGCAGAAGGAGAGGACCGGCUCCGAAGUGACACCUGCGAAGAGUGCGCGUCCGAAAACCACCAUCCUUCCCGGCUCCUCUCUCUGCAUCUCCUUCUUGGAUUGUGAAGGUCCAGGAGUUUGGUGACUGGUGGCGGAGGAGGGAACCGUGCAAGCCCCACAAGUUGUUUUGUGUGUGGGGCCGCGGGUUUGCACUGAUCUGUGCUGGGGCGAGCAGAAGGCAGGUCUGAGCUAGUGGGGGAAUUCCCGCCCAGCGUCAGCAGCAUCAGCACCACAAACCUGGACGCGAUGGGACCUCUGUCGUCACCUGCCUAACUUUUCUUUUUUCAAAUUGUCCUCUGGGGCACUUGGAAUCCCAGAUCGGCGCUCGGCACCGGGAUGAAGCGGUUGGGGUUCAGCAUGGUGGGCCUCCCAGCUCUUCUCUUACUCCUAUGGACUGUAAAAGGUGUUAUGUCCUCCAGUCCUCACCGGAAGCCAACCUGGCCAUCCUACAAGGUCCCAGUCGUCCUCCCACAAUCGACCAUUAAUUUGGAGAAACCACAGUUUGCGGCAGAAGCCAAACUGGAAGUGGUGUCGCCUUGCGGCCCAUCUUGCCACAAGCGUUCCCCGCUACCGACUUACGAAGAAGUGAAAGACUACUUGUCCUAUGAGACUUUGUACUCCAAUGGCUCCCGCACUGAGACCGAAGUUGGCAUUUACAUUGUUACCAGCAGCAGCACAGGGGGACAGAGCAGAUCUCGGACAAAGAGACAAAUCUAUGGAUAUGACACGAGAUUUAGUAUUUUUGACAAAGACUUCUUGCUCAAUUACCCAUUUUCCACUUCUGUGAAGUUGUCCACAGGCUGCACCGGAACAUUGGUGGCUGAGAAACAUGUCCUAACGGCAGCUCACUGCAUCCACGAUGGCAAAAGUUAUGUCAAGGGAGCCAGGAAACUACGUGUGGGGUUCUUGAGGCCCAAGUUGAAAGAUGGUAGCAAGGGGGCGAAUAUCAGCACCUCCUCAGAGCCUGAGAAGAUGAAAUUCCAGUGGAUUCGAGUGAAACGGACACACGUCCCCAAAGGGUGGAUAAAAGGGAAUGCCAACGACAUUGGCAUGGAUUAUGACUACGCCUUGUUGGAGCUCAAGAAGCCCCACAAAAGAAAGUUCAUGAAAAUAGGUGUGAGCCCCUCAGCCCGCCAGCUGCCUGGAGGGAGGAUUCAUUUCUCAGGCUACGACAACGACCGGCCUGGAAAUCUGGUGUACCGUUUCUGUGAUGUCAAAGACGAAACUUUCGACCUGUUGUAUCAGCAGUGCGAUGCCCAGCCGGGAGCCAGCGGUUCUGGAGUUUACGUGCGGAUGUGGAAGAGACAGAACCACAAAUGGGAGCGUAAAAUUAUUGGGAUAUUUUCAGGGCAUCAGUGGGUCGAUACCAAUGGCUCCCCUCAGGAUUUCAAUGUGGCUGUUCGCAUCACACCUCUCAAAUAUGCACAGAUUUGUUAUUGGAUCAAAGGCAACUAUCUUGACUGUAGGAAUGGGUAAAGGCGAUGAACAUCCCAGAAAAGACCUUCAUUGCUUAUCUGGGGCACGGUGGGGGUGGGGAUAAGGGUAAGCCAACCUUCUCUAUAUUGCCAAUGUGCACAAUUCUGUUUCAUAAAUAGCUGGAUGUGGGAAUUAACAGGGUGAUCUGUCUUGUUUGUGUUGGCUGAUAAGCACAGUUGGAAGAUGUGUGUCUGGCAAAGAGAUCUGUGCUGCUCCUAGAUAGUGGGGUGACCUGAGCCCUAUUCACUAAUCACACGUGUACAAUCUGUGCAUAGUGUACUUGGGUACAGAUCUCUAUGCAGGUACAGUUAUUCGCAUGUUAUGUCGAAUGCUGGUCCAGCCCUACACUUCCUAUCUGUAUCCUUUAUUUCAGGGGGCCUGUACCCAGAUUCAUUUUUAAAAUGAAUGCAAGUGCAGUCAUUCACACAGAAACAUGUACAGACAUCUAUGCAACAUGAUGUCUGAAUAGGGCUUUCUUAUCUGUAUCCUAAAUUUCAAGAGGCCUGUAUCCAAGUUCACACAAGUCAUUCACACAAAAAUAUGGAUAUGCAUACAGACAUCUGAACAGAAGUAUGACAUAAUGUCUGAAUAUGGCUCUGGCAUGCACACUUCACCCCAUCCUUCUUGAACAUGAUUUCUUUUUCCUGUGGCUUCCAAGCAGACACAUCAUGACAUCGCUUCUGUCUUUUUGCUCAUCUGCCAUCUUAGGGCCUUUCUGCACUGGCCCAAGUUUGGAGAGUUGGUGCUGCACCCAGUUCACCUAUGUCACACCUAAUCUAUACAGCCUGCUUGGAAUCAGGUCAACCUACAGCACAGUGUGGGUACAGUCUGCACCGUAGCAGGGAUGGUGGCAAGGGGUGUUUCCAUUUUACAUUGUUGCUGCUUACUGGAGUAUAUGAAUUUGGAAUAAUUAAAUGGCAAGCACAAA